AUGACCUGUGGAUCAGGAUUCGGUGGCCGCGUGUUCACCUGCGCCUCGGCCUGCGGGCCCCGGCCCGGCCGCUGCUGCAUCACGGCCGCCCCCUACCGCGGCAUCUCCUGCUACCGCGGCCUCGCCGGGAACUUCGGCAGCCACAGCGUCUGCGGGGGCUUCCGCACCGGCUCCUGCGGCCGCAGCUUCGGCUACCGCUCCGGCGGCGUGUGCGGGCCCAGCCCCCCCUGCAUCACCACCGUGUCGGUCAACGAGAGCCUCCUCGCGCCCCUCAACCUGGAGAUCGACCCCAACGCGCAGUGCGUGAAGCACGAGGAGAAGGAGCAGAUCAAGUGCCUCAACAGCAGGUUCGCUGCCUUCAUCGACAAGGUGCGCUUCCUGGAGCAGCAGAACAAACUGCUGGAGACCAAGCUGCAGUUCUACCAGAACCGCAAGUGCUGCGAGAGCAACCUGGAGCCGCUGUUUGAGGGCUACAUCGAGACGCUGAGGCGGGAGGCCGAGUGCGUGGAGGCCGACAGUGGGAGGCUGUCCUCGGAGCUCAACCACGUGCAGGAGGUGCUGGAGGGCUACAAGAAGAAGUAUGAAGAGGAGGUGGCACUAAGGGCCACUGCUGAGAAUGAAUUUGUGGCCCUGAAGAAGGACGUGGACUGCGCCUACCUGCGCAAAUCGGACCUGGAGGCCAACACGGAGGCCCUGACCCAGGAGAUCGACUUCCUGAGGCGACUGUAUGAGGAGGAGAUUCGUGUUCUCCAAGCCCACAUCUCAGACACCUCGGUCAUCGUCAAGAUGGACAACAGCCGGGACCUGAACAUGGACUGCGUUGUUGCUGAAAUCAAGGCUCAGUACGAUGACAUCGCCACCCGCAGUCGGGCCGAGGCUGAGUCCUGGUACCGCAGCAGGUGCGAGGAGAUGAAGGCCACGGUGAUCCGGCACGGAGAGACCCUGCGCCGCACCAAGGAGGAGAUCAAUGAGCUGAACCGCAUGAUCCAGAGGCUGACGGCCGAGGUGGAGAACGCCAAGUGCCAGAACUCCAAGCUGGAGGUCGCCGUGACCGAGUCGGAGCAGCAGGGUGAGUCGGCCCUCAGCGACGCCCGCUGCAAGCUGGCUGAGCUGGAGGGCGCCCUGCAGAAGGCCAAGCAGGACAUGGCCUGCCUGCUCAAGGAGUACCAGGAGGUGAUGAACUCCAAGCUGGGUCUGGACAUCGAGAUCGCCACCUACAGGCGCCUGCUGGAGGGCGAGGAGCAGAGACUGUGUGAAGGCAUUGGGGCUGUGAAUGUUUGUGUCAGCAGCUCCCGGGGUGGGGUCGUGUGCGGGGACCUCUGCGUGUCGGGCUCCCGGCCGGUGACGGGCAGCGCCUGCAGCGCCCCCUGCAGCGGGAACCUGGCGGUGAGCACCGGCAUGUGCGCGCCCUGCAAUUCUGCCACGUCCUGCGGACUGGGCACCUGUGGUGUGGGCUCCUGCGGCAUCAGCUCCUUAGGCCUGGGCUCCUGCUCCAGCAGCUGCCGGAAAUGUUAG